ACUUGUGAAUUCUGUGAGAAAAAAUAAGAGAAGAAAGCUUUAAACUCUCCUUUGAGAGGAGGAAAAAGCUGAGGAUGAAUUGUCUGAGUGAGUGUGUGUCUGAGCGAAACUGGACACCGAGUAAGCUUGUGUGUCAAAGAAUGGACUAAAUGUGGAAAGGAAUGCGUGACUGAGUGUAACUGGAGAUUGAAGCAGCGCUGCAAGUAACUGUUGGAAGAAAGUUUAUGCAUAAGACAGAGGCCUCUGUUUGCAGUAAUAUUGCAUGCUGCAUGUUGAAAAAUUAAUCUGUAUUGCAGUGCAUAAAUUGACUCGUUCCCCAACUCACAAAUAGUGGUCUGGUGAAAUCUGACACUAAGCUACUUGCUAACGCGCAUAGAGACAAGCACUGACAAAAUAAAAUAGUGCUCUUCUCUCGUGCAGCUACAAGGAUGUAAUCUGUACUAUUAUAACUGUUAAAAUGAGACCGCUGAACUCUUUUGGUUUCCUUCCAACAGAACACGACUCCUCCCAUUGGACCGACGCCUAGAAACAGGAAACGGAGCUGCGGCGCACCCAAGUGGUUUUCGUUUGAGUUGCAUGAUUAUCAUAUUGUAUUAAAAGCAGGGUUGAUUAAAUAGGAUAACAAUGAGCACGCCACAGGCUAUUGUUGGCAUUCGUCAUCCCCAUAGGAUGAAAGAGAUUCAACACAUGUCUGAAAAAUGGUGCAAAAGAACUAAAAAUUUGAUAAAUCCAUGGCCUGUUACAGGAAGCUUUGACCCACAGAUUUGUGAAUUAAUGCAACAUCGCAUUGAAGAUUACAAAGCUGAAAAUAAUUCUAAGAAACGACAAAAGAAACGACAGCUUGAAUUGGAAAUUUUAAAUUUAUUUAAAAUUAGCAAGCCAAUUAAACGAAAUGUUAAAACGAUUGUGUCUUUCACGGAUAGUCCAGGGGAAACUGGAAACUGUACUAACGCCGAACUUUUUCCAAAUUUAACAGGAACGAUAAAAUUUGAUGGGGACUUUAAUCUUGAUGACCAGCAGAGCCUUCUAGGGGGACUGACUGAUGCUGGCGUACCCGGAAAUGUAAGUGAUAUCCAAAAUAGGUUAUCUGCUGCUUCAGGGCUCGCGGAGAAGGGACCUCCUACUGAUGCAUUGCCCCAACCAGACCCACCCAACUUCAAACAGCGGGGUGCGUCCUUACAGGGCACUGGGGAAGCACACGCCCAGGUAGGAAGGCAUUCAACCUCUAUACAUUCUCCUCGAGAAAAACAGGAAACUCCUCCCCAUCUGGCCAUUCCAAAAUACUGUAGUACACAGCGACGUCAGUCUGGAAUCAUUAACUGUUACCUUUCGAUCCUGGUAAGACAGAUGAUAGCUUUUGGAUGAACUUAGGACCACGUCAGCAAGAUUUGCAACGUGAGUUGGGACGGAGCCAGAUAGUUGAGAUGGAACAGGAAAUAGAUGACUUAAAUGAGGAGGUGGAGGGGGCCACUUCAGGAGGCGGAGUUUCCAUGCCUGCAUGCUUACAGAAACCCGGCACGUCCACAGGGGUCCCUAGAGACGAAUAUGAUUUAAGAUACAGACCUAACAUCAGACCUCCUGACAGAUUGAAGGGGGGGGAGUUCCCAAUUCUGAUACGGGGAACAAGGGCUGAUUAUCAUCCUUUUUCAGCUCGGGACCUGACAGGUUUGGUCUCAGAGCUCCCUCAAACAUCCGCAGGAGGAGGCAAGUGGAUUAAGGCUUUGGAAUCAAACACGGCUGGAACAUUUCUUUCACUGGGUGACAUCAAAGCUGUCCUCGCUCAGGUUUUGGGGUUGUCUAAAAUGCAGCAGUUUUUCAGAGACAAUGAACUGGACUGGAUUUUGAGUGAAAGGGCAGAUGGAACAGAAUUAGCAGCCUAUAAGGGGGUGAUUUGGCAAGGAAUACGCAAACAGUACCCUAAUAAAAUUGAUGUUGAUGCUUUAAAAGGGGAACCUCUGAAGGACGACCAGAACCCAGCAGCAUACAUCGAUUCAAUGCCAAAGGAUGUCAGCAGACGUUUGGAGGAUGUCGUUGGUCUAACAUCUAUGCCAGCGCAACAGUUCCGUGAUCAUGUGGUUCAUGCAGUAACCCGAUACAGGAAAGACCUAACUAAGACUUCUGAACAGGACCUCCAGAUUCAAAGGAAGCUGGCACAGAUGCAACUAAAUGAUUUGCAAGGCAAGCUGAAAGAAAAGGUUCAAGCUGUUGUGUUCACAGAUCCAGGUGCGGGACGGACUGCUGGAGUUCCUGAGUCAACACAGGCCGCUAGGGGUCCCCAGCCGUUCCGUCCUUCAUACUCAAGGCUUGGUACUCCCUCGUCUGGGGCGUGGCAGGGAUCCAACCGCUGCUGGUAUUGUGGCAUGUAUGGACAUUUUGCAAGGGCGUGCCCACGGCUUAUGCCCCUCCCAGCAGGUGGUCCUGGAAGAAACGGAGGCUUCCCUAGAAGAGGUGGAGGUGGACCCCUGGGUGGCCCACAACCAAGACCCUCUCAGUUUUAGGGGGGUCCCGAGGAUCCUGCGGGUAAAGGAAAAAGCGAACGAGCCAAAACCAGUCUCUGUGACAUCUGGUCCAGUGGUGCCCGGGGAUAAGGUGUACAUUAAGGAGUUUCGAAGAAAGUGGAACACUCCUAGACGCCGAGGUCCUUACACGGUGGUCCGUGCCACACCGACUUCGGUCCAGGUUGAGGGGAGCGUCGCUUGGCAUCAUCUGAACCAUUGCUCGUUGGCACCUACGACCAACAACUGCAAAACGGGCCCUGGGGACUGGUCGGACUGUACAGCGUUCUCAAAUGACCAGUCCCCCAAAAGGGGAAGUAUCGCCUCGCAUGCAUCUGACGAAGAUAGUCCUGUCAGGGCAGAUUCAGAGUUCCCGCCCGAUGAUGUUGUGGUUGACAUUCCUUUGGUUUCUUCUUCUGGGCGAGACAGGGAUCUCGGCAGGGACAAUUCAACCAAUCCGGACCCGAAGCAACAGUCACCACGUCGUCCCAUCACCAGGGCCUUCUCAAGGAAACAGAGGGGCAACUGCGCAACGAGGGAGCGACCUCAGUGACCAAGGGGAGUACGACUCACAUGCCAAAUGUCAUUAUCGGUCAGGUCUCUUGCCGGCAUGCACCCGCACACAUCUACACACCACCCGUGACUCAGUAUUUCAGACAGAUGUUGCCCUUUUGGCACAACAUAGGCGGAAAGUAAGAUCAAUUAAGGAACUAGAUGUAGAGGGCCAUAACAUUCCAGUGAAUCCUGGGGUGGAUGAUAAAAGCGGUGCUCAGGGAGGUGAGGUUUUGGGGUCCAGGCUAGAACCUCUGGGCUCAGACUUAAGUGUUUAUGUUACCACAGCUGCUACUGCCAAGCAAUGGGGAGUUCACUUUGUAAAGGAGGGGCCCACUCCCCCUCUAGCUGUGGUUCCGGCCCUGGAGCCGGAUAAGGUUGGUCUUGAAGCAAUCAUUACUCCACGCCCACAGGCAGGAAUAGGUAACCAUCAGUCAGUACCAGGAGGACUGGGGUAUGAACACUUAGCACGUAUAACAUCCUUAAUGGUUGACCAGGUAUGGGCUGCUGCUUGGAACACACUGGAAGGUCUAUUGGAGAUUGGGAAGGUUGUAAGUUCUUACCAGACCACAGUUAAUACCCCUGUUGUGAAUAAAGUUGCUUUUACACCUGAACCGCAGCCCACCGUGGUUGCUGAUGGCCAACCAGACAGUGGGGUGGUUGAGUCAUUCACUCUUCCCCCUCUAGGGUUAGAUACUUUGGUAGAUAGUUAUCAUGAUAAAACAUUAGAGGGGGGGGAGGAUGUAAAGGGGCAACCGGAAGUACGAGGGUUUAGACCUAGUAAAGAUUACUUAUGGAAGGAAGCGAUGGCCAACACUUGGUAUCGCUGGGCUUGGCUGUCAGUAAAGGAAAUGACUUCGGAGGAAUGCAUAUGGUGCUCAAAGGCGCCUGGAGCCCCUCCGGUUGUUAUCCCAGACAAGUACAACUCUUGGGAGCAUGCUGGGAAGAGCGACUGGUCCCUUGAUUGGUUGGACCAGUUAAUGGCUGACUGGAAAAAUGUAUUGAUAAAGGUGGGAGUUGGGUCAGCUUUGGUUCUGAUCCUUCUUUUCUUGUUUGGCAUGUGCAUCGUUCCCGCCCUGAGGAGAGCAUGGAGUACGAGUCUCAAGAAACAGACAUCCUUCAUCAUGGCUGCCCAAUUGGUCCGUACUGAGUUGGACCUUUGACGUCUCAAGAGAACUACAGUCGGUUGGACAAAAGGGGCAGCAGCCUGUAACGGAAGGCUGGUGACCCAACACUCCUGUUUGCCUCCGGCCUGGAAAAAGACUCUAUCUUGUGUUAUUCACGUGUGGUUUUUGUAGUCAGAAAUCCUCUGUAAUAGGUUAUCCUUGUGAAAACAGAUUGUAAUGGAGUUUCUUUGUUGUGUGUGUAUGGUUACUUGCUGUCAUAGUGCUUAGAAGGUCUCGUGCAGGGGUCCACUGGCCUACCCGUGCCUGAGUGUCAAGUAAGAUCAAAAGUUACCGGUGCUCGCCCAACAGGGGGGGCACGGGGGAAUUUUUUUCUCCCUUCGGGGUUUUUUUCGCCCUCGUACGGGAGGUUCAGA